GGAAAGCUUUAGCUCCGCCCCCAGCUGCAGGUGGACAUCUACUCUCUGAUUGGAUGGAUGUUCUGACGGGUCAGAUGAUCCAGGAUCAGGUGAUAACCUCAUCGAAGCUCCGCCCACUGUUGAUUCCUUCCCUGCUUUAACAGCCAAUAAUAUGAACCAGCUGACGGAGGCGGAGUUAAGCCAGGAAAUGGAGGGCAAGGUGCAGACCUGGGCCCAGUCUAUGAUUUACACGGUGGAGGAACUGGAGUGUAAAAUCUGCUACAACCGCUACAACACCCGCAGCAGGAAACCCAAACUGCUGGGCUGUCUGCACCGAGUCUGCGCCAAGUGUCUGAAGAAGAUGGUCGACCUGGGAGACUCCUCCCCCUCCGUCAUCAGCUGCCCGUUCUGCCGCCACGAGACCUACAUACCUGAGGAGGAGGUCUGGUUAAUGGAGGAUGACCGGCACAUCCUGGCAGUUCUGUCCUGUCAGAAUGGAUUCCAGCAGGAAGGAGGUCCGGCAGGUCCAGGAUGUUCUGAGGUGAUCCUGACCCCCACCAGUCUGAAUGGGGGAGGAGAAGGCGUGGACCACCGCUCCUCGGACUGUCUGGUCAUCACCAUCAUGGAGCUUCCUGACCGGACUCCGUCCUCAGAUUCUCUGAACGUGCUCAACGUUGUGGGUCUUUACCGCCCCCCCAGCCUGGACUCGCUGCCCUGCAGCCUGCCGUCCCACAAGUGUCGCGCCUGGAUGUCCCACAGCGUCCCCCGUUGUCUUCUGGGGGUUUUAUGUCUGGUGUACUUCAGCUCGCUGCCUCUGGGGAUCUACCUACUGAUGAUCGGCCAGCUGUGGAUGGGCGUCGUCCUCGUCAGUCUGGUUCCGUGCACACUGCUGCUACUCGUUCUUUAUGGCUUCUGUCAGUGCAUGUGCCACGAGGUAAGGGAGGUCCUGACUACAAGCAGGCUGCCCUGACAGCAGCAAGACAACCCGCUGCUCUGUUGACAGCAGGAGGAUCCACUUCCACGGCAACAAAAAGACAGUCUGCUGCCAUGGAAACAACAACAGGAUGACACGCUGCCAUGGCAACGACAACCAACAAUGUAUCUCCAUCAACACCAGAUCCUGAGCAUCAAAACAACAGAGCAACAGAACAACAGACAGAAAACUCAAACCAGAAACAUAAACCCACCUGAAUAUUGAACGUUUAGGCUGUGACAUCACAC